AUGGAUUUGUAGGAUAUAGAUUUGUUUUCCUCUUCUUUUUCUUUUACAGUUGGCAAAUCUAAUAGGCAAAGUAAAAAAGGGACUAUAUAAGGUGUUAUAUUAUCCAUAAUUGUAUUUAUCUUUGCAAUUGCUUAUUUCUCUUACUUACUCUACCAGUUUGUAAAUAAUUAAAUUGACCCAAACUACAAAUCUCAGAGCUUCAUAACAGAAGAGAGGAUUGACAUAAAUUUAGGAUCUGAUUUACUAGGAUUUAGAUUUGAAUAUGAUACAAAUUAAGAUAUAUAGAAUUUAUAGGCAUCAUAGAAUUAAACAUAUUUAGUUUUUUAUGCCUACUUUUACUAUAUAAAUGGUACCUCUUUAACUUAAACAUAACUUAACAUCAUAUAAUGUACUAACCCUUAAUUAGCUGGAUUUUAUUGUUUAGAUUUUUCACCUGUUUAAAACUACACUCUAACUUUAAGUACAAAAGAAAAUUUAUAAUCUUAAGUAUUCAUUUAUACUUAUGGUUGUCUUGACAUAGACUUUAAUAAAAAUUCUAUUCCAAGUAACUGCGCUAAUCAAACAGAAAUCAAUAAAAUCGUUAAUGGUGUAAAUGCUGGUUUCAGAUUUAAACUAUUUACUUCUUAGUUUAACACAUAAACAAAGCAGAUUUAAGUUAAUUAUAGAAAUGAUUUUGUUUAUGCUUUAGGAAAUUAUAUCUCUUACACUACUUUAAAAGCAUAAAAGCAAAUAACUUCAGUAAAGUAAGGAUUUUUUAUUUAAAGCCAAUCUAACUAUUCAUCACCUAUUGCUUAUGAGAAAGAUAAUCAACUUUGGGAUAGGCAAUACACAAUAAACUCUAUAAAUUAGAGUGGCUAUGGCAUGCUUGAAUUAAUUAUGAAUGAGAUUGUACAAUAAGUUGAAAUUCAAUACCCUACAAUUCCCUCAAUAUUAGCUUUAAAUAAAAUAUGGACUCUCGUUAAGGAUUAGCAUAAUUAUAGUAGUAACAAUAAUCUUUGUUACAAUAAAAAGAAUAAGAAAAAAUUUUUCAAAAAAUAAGAAAUAGCAAAUUCAGAUAUAAAAUUAAAUCAUAAUGAAAAAUUAUAAUCUAUUCUAUUUAGAUUUAGAUUUUUUGAUAAGAAGGAGUAUUUAUUAUCUAAAGGCUUAGAUUAUUAACAAAAAAAAAUCAUAGAAAAGCAGCUAUCAAAAGAUUUAAAUAUCUUCGAAUUCUACAAAGAUAUUUUAUUUUUGAAGAAGGCUGUUAUGAUUCUAUUAAGCAGCGAGCAAUUAGCAGCGAUAAAGAUUAUAGGUUGCUCUUCAAAUUUCUUAGAACAACCUAAAACAUUAAUUAAUAAGGAUAAUUUCCUAAAUAAUACAGGAUCAUUAAAUUACUUCUAAGAAUAAUAUAAUUUAUUUGAGUCUGAAAAUCUGUAGUUUGAAAAAAUUGAACAAUUUAUUAAAAGAUGUUAAUAAAAUACUUCUUUAACUGAAAUAGAUAAAAGAUUAUUGUCAUCAAUUUGUAUCUGA